UUCCGCAGCAGCUGUCUUGGCGCGAGACUUCGUCCGAUUUGUCAGACAGUAGACUGAGGCCAUCGUAAUACUAACGGAAAAGCAUUAAAACUUUCAUCAACAUCACCGGCUGCUGAACCCGUCACAUGUAGAGGAACAACAUUUAAACGAACUGACUGAACCUUUAUGCUGGCUGAUGGUGAGUGGACUUACUCAGGAUGAACUGUGAACUUCUGGCAACUUGCAGUGCUCUUGGCUAUUUGGAGGGUGACACCUACCACAAGGAAAUAGAUUGCUUGGAGAGCGUGAAAGACUUGAUCAGGUAUUUACGCCAUGAAGAUGACACCCGUGAUGUUCGCCAGCAGCUGGGUGCAGGCCAGAUUGUACAGAAUGACCUUCUACCUAUUAUCAUUCAACAUGGACAAGAUAAAGCCUUAUUUGAUGCCUGCAUCAGGCUCAUGGUCAACCUCACUCAGCCUGCCAUGCUUUGCUUUGGUAAAGUCCCUGACGACCCAGUGUUCAGACAUCACUUUUUGCAAGUGACAUCUCAUUUACAAGCCUAUAAAGAGGCAUUCGCCAGUGAACGGGUGUUUGGCAUUUUAAGUGAGACAUUGUACACCUUUCUGCAAUUGGACUGGGAGCAGAGACAGGAGGAGGAUAACCUGCUGAUAGAGAGGAUCCUGCUGCUGGUCAGGAAUGUGCUUCAUGUGCCUGCAGACCCCUCAGAAGAAAAGAAAGUGGAUGACGAUGCCAGUGUCCACGAUAGGCUCCUGUGGGCCAUUCACAUGAGCGGUUUUGAUGACCUGGUCAAGUUCCUGGCGUCGGCCCAGAGCGAGCAGCAGUGGAGCAUGCAUGUGUUGGAAAUAAUCUCCCUCAUGUUCAGAGACCAGACACCGGAAGCUUUGGUGAGUGCCGGUCAUGCUCGUUCAGUAGAAGAAAAGCUGAGAGACUCUCAGGAGCUGGAGGCACUGAGGCAGAGGGAGCAGGCAGCGAAACGCUCUCGCACAUUACAAAGAGGAACAAGACACUCUCGCUUCGGUGGGUCCUACGUAGUUCAAGGUCUCAAGUCAAUUGGAGACAGAGAUGUGAUCUAUCACAGAAAUCUACAUAAUUUCAAAAAUUACAGCCAUGACACAGGGAAAGAAGUAAGACGUGUUCCCAAGAGGAAUCGACAGGCCAAGGAAUGUAAAGACAAACGCCGUUCAGCCUUAAAUGUGCGACUCUUCUUGCGAGAGUUUUGCGUGGACUUCUUGGAGAACUGCUACAAUCAUCUCAUGUAUCUAGUCAAGGAAAGUCUGAUUCGCGAGCAGACUCAGCAACACGAUGAAACCUAUUACCUCUGGGCGCUCAGCUUUUUCAUGGCCUUCAAUCGUGGCAAUGGUUUCCGUGCUGACUUGGUUUCUGAGACCAUGUCCAUCCGAGCUUUUCAUUUUAUUGAGCGCAACAUCACCAACUACUACGAGAUGAUGCUUACUGACCGCAAAGAGGCAACAUCCUGGUCCCGCAGGAUGCACUUGGCUCUGAAGGCAUACCAAGAACUACUGCUAACUGUGAACGAGAUGGACCGUUCACAGGAUGAAAGCAUCCGCCAGAGUUCUAAUGUAAUCAAAAGCAACAUAUUCUACCUGAUGGAAUACAGGGAGAUCUUCUUGACCUUGCUGAGGAAGUUUGACGAAACCAAGCAGCCUCACUCUUACCUCAAAGACUUGGUGGAGUCCACUCAUCUCUUCUUGCGCAUGUUGGAGCGCUUCUGCAAAGGUCGCAGAAACUUGAUGGUUCAGAGGAAGAGGGUGAAGCGGAAAAAGUCUCAUGCUGAAAAAAAUCAGUCACCUCCAGAAACUAGUCCAGAAGCCCUGGAGGAGACCUGGAAGAUUGUGGAGGAGGAGCUGAGGGCCACAGGAUUUCAGUUGUCAGAGUCUUUAACUGAAGGCAUCGUUCCAUUUGACGCCACAUCUGAAACUCCUCUUGAGGAGCAGCGGACUGAGGCUAUGGUGCGAGUGCAAGAUGCCCUGCUGACUCGACUGGGACCAGAAGCACUGGGGCUGCUGCGUGCUGCCAGGGAGGUGUGGCCAGAGGGAGAUGUGUUUGGUUCAGCUGAUGUGGAACCUGAAGAGGAACUGGAACUCCUCAAGCAGAUCCUUCAUGCCAACCUGCCAAGGUCCUCUCCUCCUGAGCCUAUGGUAGAGGACGAUGAUGAUGGAGCAGAGUUAGAGGAAGAAGAGUUGGAGUCUGUCCAGGUUUCUGAAACAGAGUUCAACUUUCUAGAUUUCGUUAAGAGGUUUGCCAGCCCCAAUAUUGUGCGUCCAUAUCUCCUCCUAUUAAAAUCAUACUCAAAAAACACACCUCACACGAACCACUGCAUCACUAGAAUGCUGCACCGCCUGGCUGUUGACCUUAAAAUGGACGCCCUGCUUUACCAGCUGUCAGUCUUCAACGUUUUCAACAAAAUCCUAAGUGACCCCGCUGCAUCUGCUUACAAGGAACUAGUGACCUUUGCCAAGUACGUGCUGAACCGUUUCUUUUCACUGGCAGCACAAAACAACAAGGCAUAUGUUGAACUGCUGUUCUGGAAAAAUGUGGGGGCUGUACGUGAGAUGACGGAGGGCUAUGGCAAAGAAGGAGAGGAAAAGAAACCAACAUGGACUGAAGAGGAGGAAGAGGAGUUGCGCAAGCUCUAUGAGGAGCACUGCCAUUCUGAAGUGCCAGAUAUUGUUGAGACUUUACUGCCAUUACUCAGCAACAGCAACCGCACCCGGCGCCAGGUAGUGACACAGCUGGUGCGUAUGGGUCUGGUGGACAACGCCAAGGAACUUAAGAAGCAGAAGAUAGGCACCCGGAUUGUACUUUGGACUGAGGAGCAAGAGCAGGAGCUGCAGAUGCUGUUUGAGGAGUACAAAGACUCUGAUGACGUGCUGGGUAACAUCCUGAAGAAGCUCACGGCCAAGCGGUCCCGUGCACGUGUGGUGGACAAGCUGCUCAGUAUGGGGCUGGUGUCGGAGCGACGAGAACUUUAUAAGAAGAGGAGUCGUAAAGCUCAAGGGAAGAGUUCUGGAAAAGGAAUGACUGAAGAAGAAUUCCUAGCAGAACUAACACAAGGUUCCCCAGAUGAUUCCAUGGACAGAGAUGAUGAAGAAGAUGGAGAGGAUGAGUCUGAGGAGAGCGAGGCAGAGGAAGACGAAGAGCAGGAGAAGGGAGAAUCACAAAAUGGCAUCAGGAGGAGCCAGGGCAUGCACUCCACAGUGAAGAGGAGAGCUGAUGUAGGGACCAUGGUGAAUGCUCUACAACAGGAAGGCAUGUCUGGACCCCUGUUGUGGCUACAGAACUGUCUUAACAAAACAGCAAAUGACCGUGAAGAAGAUGGUUUUUCCCAGCCUGUGCCACUGGUCCCUCUGACAGAGGCAAAUGAAGACGCCAUGGACAACAAGAGCUUCCAGAAAUUGUUACGCAAACUGGGGAUGCGAGCACCUGCAAAUGAACAGGAGUCUUUCUGGAGAAUCCCAGCAAAGAUCAGUGUAUCCCAGCUCCGGAACGCAGCUGCAGCUCUUAGUUCGAGAGAGGAUGAACCUGAAGGUGGUGUGGAGCAAAGUGAGCCCAGGAGUCCAACUGGAGAACUCAGGGAGGAGCAGGAGGAGGAGGAGGAGGUGGUGUCAGGUGAACAGAGAGCUCAAGCUCUUAGAGCUCUGCUACUCGCACGUAAGAGGAAACACUACACCACCGAGCACUCAGCUCCUGUGUCAGAUUUUACUCCCACUGAGGAUACAGAAAGUACAGCUGAGAGGUCCCAAGGCCCCAAGCCCUCAGCUAAAAGAAGCAGAAGCAGAGUGUUGGACGACGAUGAGAACGAGGAUGACUCCACCGCUGCGAUGGAUAUGGAUACCAACGGUGAUGCAGAAUCAGACAGGGAGGAUACCUCUGCUCCUGUGAAGCGUAGGCGGAAGAUGGUCUUAAUAGAUGAAGAGGAGGAUGAGGAUUAGUGAUGCCCCUUAAUGGACUGUACAAACUGCGGCCAGGGGAGACAUUAAAGUCCUUCGCUUUGCUCCAAGGUGGACGCAACUCUCUGGAGGGUCUGCAGUGGAAAUGCUAUUAAUGGAAAACAGCCCGAAAGAAAUAGGCCCUUACAUCUGCCCCAUUGGAUACAUAGAUCCUACUAAAGACUAUCAUUUUGUUAUCUCUUUGGUAAGUAAUUGAUUGGUGCCUUUAAGUGGUUAUGGUAAACAAGUUCUAAGUGGUUUUCUAUUUUGUAAGAUUUUCUUCUUCUCCAUUGUUAUCUGAGAAAGUUUUGGACUUCAUUUAUAACUCAACAGUUUCAUCUUUGAUGUGAAAGCUGUUGCAUGUGUACAAAUACUUUCGUAUUUUCAAUUAUGUUCAAUUUUAACUUUGGAUUUCAGAGUAAAAUUCAUUUCUACCAAUUAAUAAAAAAUGCACUGUUGUCAAAA